GCAAGAAAUUUCUAAUGCAGUCGCGAUUUGCGUAUUUUGGUGUGUAUCCUGGAGAGUGAUAUCCCGUCGUUUCGUGGGUGCGUAGGCUCGUUUACGUCUAUUGAGGUAAUUUGUAAUAUUUGUAAUACAGAUGUUUGCCGCUUGUUGUGGCGCACGGGAGCUGAGUCCUGUAUUUGGCUCAGCUUCAGCUCCGUCUAUGUUGUCUAACAGUGCUGAUAUCAUAGAUCCUGUGCGCAGCAACGAGUCAUUGCCUAUAGAUGACCCUUUAAAAUGCCAGUUGCCCGAGGGCGCUUUGAUGGGCAUAAUCUUCAACUUAGAGCAGGAGCGUGAGACUUAUUUAGAGGCUGUUUCUGUAUUACACGAACAGCUGCAGGAGGCUCACGAGCACUACCAACAACUAUCGGAAUCACAUCAGCAGAUGAAGGUUAACCUUGAGGCAGAGGUCAGUGAGGGUUGGAAGGAGGCUGAGCGUUGGGAGGCCAAGUACCACUCCGUUACCAAUGCUGCGCUUUCUGCUGGCAUUGACAUAUCGAAAUUAGAGCCUAAGACCAUAGAGAAUCCAGUAAUUACUCGUGAGAGAUCACUUCUUUCAGAUGCUUGCACAGUAGUAACUCGUGCUGAUUUGGAGCUGAUACCAUCCUACAAGAAAAAAGGUUACCAGUCAAAGGAUGUACAUGACUAUCCAGGCAUGUACCCGACCUUGCAUGACAAAGUCCAGGGUCGUCAAAUAAUGAAGGAGUCUGUGAUCCCUUCAUUUGGCAAUGACAUUACAAGCCAGCCUUCAUGCUUCUGCUUAACUCCCAUGGGCUCUCCCUGUGUUCGUUGUACCGACGAUCGUGCGGGUCAUAAGCUUUAUACAGAGCCCAUGGGUGUUGUAUAUGGCGAGUGGUUGUAUUUGGGCAGCCCUCGAGCUAAUGUGGACUCAACAAAGCGCGAUGACAUAGCUUCCGCUAUGGGUUUGGUUUUGGAUGCCACUAGCAUAUAAGCGCCACUAUCGCAUUAUAUGACGGCGCAUGAU